AAGCCCAAUCUUGGAUAAACCUUGCUGUAGUUCGGAAACUGUUUUGUUCUUUUUAGAACAGUUAAGAGGAUUGGAAAAUGGCAAAGCUAAACGCCUUCAAAAACACAACACUUCUCCUGAAGAUCGUUGGAAUGUGGAAAUUCAAAACCGAAUCAAUCUUCUACAAAAUCUACAAACACGUGAUGGUCCUUCACGCUUCUUUCGCCUGCGUUUUGUCAUUUUUGUACGCUCUUAAAAAAUACAAAGACCCCGAAGCGAUUUUCUUCAUCUCUUAUCUCCCAGCGAUUUUCACUGUUCCAAUCAAACUGGUCAUGUUUCCAAUCAAUUCGGGGAAAAUCAAGCAGCUUUUGGAGCUUUUGGCGGCGGAAAAAGCCAUCAUCAGGUCCGCACAACAGGAGGAAAUUCUGGAGAAUGCGAUGAAGCUUUCGAGGCAAAUUUUUAAUCUGUUUGGGGGAAGUUUUGUAGCUGCAGCCAUCGUGAUUUUGGUGACUCCUCUAAGUGUGAGGAGCCAUGUUAUGAUGUAUUAUGAGUGGUUUCCGGUGGAUUAUUCCAAAGAUUCGGUUUAUUACGGGAUUUUUGGAGGGUCUCUCUACUUUUUGCUGCAUUUGAUUGCGGUUAAUGCAGCUGGUGAUUUUUUCUUCUACAUUUCUGCGAUUCAAAUUGAGGGACGAUUUGAUUUGAUCGUUGAUACGUUUCUGAAUUUGGACGAGAUUUCGGCACGGGAUGGAAAUUCGACGAAAUAUGAAAGAAUGCACGAGAUUGUAAUCGAGUGUGUGCAACAAUACAACAUAAUAAUCGAAUGUUCCAAAUUACUGAUCGAUUGUUUUAAAGAAAUCCUAAUCAAUCAACUUAUUUGUUCCUGCCUGUCUUUGAUGUUCUCAAUGUAUCAAUUAAAUGCGGCUGAACCGCUCUCUCUUAACUUUUUCAGGAUUAUUUUCUACGCCAUUGCAAUGGGAAGUGAAAUUUUUCUCUUCUGUUUUUUCGGAAACCGAUUGAUUGUUAAAGGUGAAAUUUUGUAUUAUUCAACGUUUGCAUCAGGAUGGUACGAUGCUCCUCUCAAAAUUCAGAAAGAUUUGUUAAUUUUUAUGCAACAGCUGCAAAAACCGGUCAUGAUUAACGUUGGCAACAUUUUUCCGCUUAAUUAUGACACUUUCAAAGGGAUAAUGCAAAAAUCGUGGAGCUUUUUCGUGGCCUUGAAAAAUACUCAAGAUUUGAGAUCAAAAAAUUGACGUUGUUGCCUUACUUUGUAUAACACUUAGUUGUGAAAAAUGCGCACUGAAUAAAGUAUUUUUAUCCACAA